AUGAGCUACGCAGACACAGCGGCGGCGCUGCAGCAGGCGGCGGCCGCCGCCAAAUCCGCCACGGUGUUGCCAAGGUAUGUGCCCCCGACUGCACCUGUGGAGAAGGAUGCGGGCAAGAAGAAGGCCGAGAAGGAGCCUGCGGGGGCUCCCGCAGCCAAAGCGAACAAGAUGAAUGCAGGUGCCUUUACCAAGCUCCACCAGUCCAUGGGCACGCAGGAGUACAGCUGGUCCUUGCUGGCGUACAUGAUGCGCCCCGGCACCACCCUUUCGUCCGGCAGUGGUGGCAGUGGUGGCAGUGGUGGCAGCGGGGCCAUCAAGGCGCAGGCCACUACAACUUCGGCGGUUGCAAGCGCAAGUCGACCGGCAGGUUUCUCCGGGCUUUGGGCGCCCAUAGGUCAGAGCGUGCCACCUGGGCACACCGACUACUCCUGGCACCACGCAGACGCAGGCUCCAAGGGCUUCUCCACCCUUUGGGCGGCGAGUGGCACGGAGGUUCCUCCGGGGCACACCGCCUACUCCUGGGAGAAGGCAAUGGCUGCCACGCAGGCCAAGCCGAAGGAGAAGCCGAAGGAGAAGAAGCCGGAGAAGCCAAAGGAGGUCAAGGCCAAGGCGGAGGCUAAGGCUCCUGCGCCCAAGGCGGCUCCGCAGGUGAAUGGCAGCUCAUCCCCCUCCGAUGGGCAGGCCGCCCUGGCGAAGAUCGACCUGCGCUGCGGGCGGAUCCUCGAGUGCAGCAAAGUGCAGGACGCGGAUUCCCUCUACCUACUGAAGAUCAACGUGGGAGAAGAGCAGCCGAGACAGGUUGUGUCGUCUUUGGUAAAGCACUACAAAGAGGAGGAGCUGAAGAACAGACAGGUGGUGGUGUAUUGCAACAUCAAGCCCGGCAAGAUGCGGGGCCUCGAAAGUCAGGCGAUGGUCCUGGCGGCCACGAAGAACAAGGGCGCGGAGGACGAGGUGUGUGAACUCUUGGACCCUCCUGCUGGGUGCAAAGAGGGCAGCCGCCCGGUGGUGGGAGACCUGGAGAUUGGCAGCGCCUCGGAGGGCGUUAGCGUGAAGAACAUCUCCAAGGUCUGGGGACAGGUGCAGCCUUCCCUGCAGAUGAGCGACAAGGGCGAGGCCACAUUCGAGGGCGCGACGAUGAUGAUGAAAGAGGCCGGCCGAGGGCUCGGAGAAGUCAAGGAGAGAGAAGUGAGAAGCUUGGAGGAGGAGCUUCACAGCGCCUUGGGGGAAGCCAUUCCGUUCAGAGAACAGAUGGCCCAGGUGAUGUCCUGCGUGGUUCGUGUUGUCCAUGAGGAUAUGCGGCAUUCACACUGGGCUUCAAAGGCUUUCGAUCCGAAGUUGAUCUUCGAGUUGCAGGAGUUCAAUCCAGAUGAGCUGAAGGAUGAUGUGAUGCACUUGUUGGACACGCACUGCUCAGACCCCACGCUGACAGCAGAGAAGAUGGAGAGCUGGAAGGGUCCCCCAAUCGUCCGGAUCCUGAAUCGAUGGCUCCAUGCGGUUCAAUGCUUUGGCAGAGUUGGAGCAAAGCUGAAGCCCAAGCUGGAGGAGUUGAGGCGCAUGCACCUCGACCUGGAGGGCCUCAUGCGGGAGAAGACCCUGAUCGACAUGAAGAUGUUCUCGGAUUUGCUGGAGCAGGUCGCGGCAACGCGGAUGGAGGAGCCCGGCUUCCCCGGCUCCGGCGCGGAAGCCGCGGAUGCGGCGAGCACGGAGGUGGUGGCGAAGCCGGCGGACAAGGACGCGGCGGUGAGCCCGGUGCGCCUUCAAUCGCAGCCGGUCUUCUUCGGGAACUUCAGCUCCUUGGCAGGCGAAAGUGAUGUGGGCACUGCCACCGCGGGAGCCAGAACCAUCUCCAUCCCGGAGUCCGAGAAGUACGAAUGCAAGCCGCUGACGCCCUUCGAACGGAUCCAGAGUUCUUUGUCCGCGCCGGCGCGGUUCGUGUACUUCAAGGAGAAUGAGAAGAGGAAGCGAUUCAUCUUGCACAAAAGCGAGUACCGUGAAAAGACCUUCCAGCAGUCCAACACCUGCUCCUCCUCCUACAUCCAGCAUCACGAUUUCCAGCCACUGGUGCAGUGGUCCAAGCAGGGCAGCGACAGCCACUGGAGCCGCCCUGGCUAUGGUGGCGCAACGGACUCAGUCAAGCUGUCGAGCGGUGACUUCACGGACGACCUCAUGGUGGUCCAAGAGUAUGCCGGCUUCUGCCGGCACUUCAUGAUCUUCCCCAGCAGCCCUGCCAAGCUGAUUUGGGACGUCACCGGCGCCGCUCUUAUCGUCUAUGACCUCUUCACCAUCUCCAUGCAGGUCUUCGAUCCACCGGACACCCCCCUGACCACCUUCAUGCAGUGGCUGAUCUUGGUCUACUGGACGAUGAACAUGUGCGUGUCAUGCCUGGUGGGCUACAUCGACAAGGGCAUCUUCGUCAUGGUGCCCCACAAGGUGAUGUUUCACUAUCUGAAGACGUGGUUCGUCAUCGAUCUGGUGGUGGUGGGCACGGAUUGGGUCUUCAGCCUCUCGGAGAACGGGGGCUCUGCCGAGAGCUCGGUCAAGCUGCUGCGCUCUCUUCGGCUCUUUCGCAUGGUGCGGCUGGUGCGGAUCCUGCGGCUGCGGAAGACCAUGGAGAGCGUCAGCGAUUUGGUGGACUCCGAGUAUAUCAGCAUCAUCGUGAGCAUCUUCAAGAUGCUAGCGCUGCUUCUGAUUGUAAACCACGUCAUCGCCUGCUUCUGGUUUUGGAUCGGCGAUACUGCUCAAGGUUGGGUUGUGGCGCAUCACCUGGCGGGCGAGCAGUGGGAGUACCAGUACACCACCAGCCUGCAUUGGGCCAUUACACAGUUCACGCCGGCAUCGAUGCACGUCCAGCCUCAGAACAUUGAUGAGCGCGCCUUUGCCAUUUCUGUGGUGGUUUUUGCCCUGGUCGGCUUCUCCUACGUGGUCGGCAGCAUCUCCGGGUCCCUGGCGCAGCUGCGAGGUAUGACGGAGAAUCGGGCGCGGCAGUUCUGGGAGUUGCGCCGGCACCUGCGGAAGAACAAGGUGUCGAUCACGCUGUCUGCUCGAAUUCAGAAGUACGUGGAGCAUGUCAUGGAGAGCCAAGAGGAGAACGUGCCGGCGAAGGACGUCAAGCUCUUGGCGUUGCUUUCCGAGCAGCUGCAGAGUGAGCUGGAGUGUGAGAUUUGCAUGCCCCACUUCUCCGUGCACCCGCUCUUUGCGCGGCUCUGUGUGGUGUCGCGUGUCACCAUCCACCGCUUGGCCAACAACGCCAUCGUAAACAAGCAGUUGGCAAGAACGGAUACUCUGUUCAUUCCCGGCGAGACUGCCACGCACAUGUACAUUGUGGUCUAUGGGAGGCUGGUGUACAGCCGCAUGGACUCUCGGGGUGACGAGCACAAGGAGUUGGUGGACAAAGGAGAGGAUUGGAUCUCGGAGCCGGUGCUUUGGACACCCAGCUGGGUGCACCUGGGCCUGCUGAUGUCGAUGACAGAGAGUGAGCUCAUGGUGCUUGAUCCCACCCAGUUCGGCCGGAUCGUGAAUCUGAAUCCCGACGCGGCUGCUCUGGCGGGCACCUACGUGGUGAGCCUUGGGUAG